AUGGCUUGGGACGGGACUUGCGCUCAACUUUUACAGGACAGGCCCUCGCUGAGCUGCCUGGCCAUCUACGAAAAAGGAACUGGCACUGUGUAUGGCGCGACGAAUGAAGGCAUGAAGGUAGGGUUUUUGUUUCAUGCUAUUUUUGGCGCGAUUCCGGGAAAGUUUUAUACUUGUUUCCCGCAUGCUUACCUACAAUAAACCCCUCCAUAAUUGCCCCUCCCUCUGAUUUCUUCAAGGAGCGUCUUGUCAAACGUGUCAUUUAAGGUACUAACUUAUUCUGCCGCCAGAUCCCGUUGCAAACAAUUUCGCGCGGGUCAUAACCUUUUAUUGCAUUUCGUGUCCGUAAUCUCACACCCACGUUUAUUUUAAAUCACCAGACUCCCGAAGUAUCAGCAACGAUGCUCUCCUUGUGUGAGACGAUCAAGGGAACGCAUUCCGCGACUUCCUUUUCAUUCCUUGGGGACAAAUAUAUCGUCCUUCGCAAGGAUGAGGACUGCCUUUUGGCAAAGAGCGGGAAGAAAGUGUGCUACGUCUACCUUUGCGAAAAAUGUAAGAUUCAAGGCCGCGUCAUCAUGCAUAAAUUAUAUUUUUGUCAUCUACCUUCAUUGCUGUCCCUUUGUGAGAUUUGCUUGAGUACCGGAUGUUCGCGUCGCACGGUAAUUGUGCUACUGGCAGAUAGGCUUUCCUAUUAUAUUUAUCUCAUUCUGGUCGCAAAUUAGUUUUUCCUCACACUACUUGUCAAAACGGGUAGACCCGUAAGCCUCUCCAACCCCGCACACGGGAUAUUUGCUGCGCCCUUCUGACCAAAAUAGUCCCAUUUUCUUAUGCGUGCCAGAGUAAAUCCCAACUUCCAUCUCCCUGCUCAUCUUGAGUUAAGCAUUCUUUCCGCUUCCCUGGCUUAGUUUUGUGUCGGGGGACUCAGGUGAGCCUAUCCAAGACUGACUAAGCACACAUGGUUUUGUGCGGUAAAGCAUGCCGCACGUCAUCACCUUGUCCAGCCACAACAGCAAUCUUCCAGGGUGCCAGCGAAGUUUCUUCCGCGUAUAAUUUAUUAAGCGCUAUUAGACCCCAUCUUUUAUGAUGCUUAUCAGGCGUUCUUACCUAUGACACACCCGUGCUCCUAGCAGCAGCUGCUUUUAUCAAGUUGCACAAACAGAUUGCUUAGGUCAGCGGAGGUGGGUUGCAGACUAAGCAGGCUCUAGGGCCUGAUUAGAAUUGACUGCAUUAUCAGGUUGCAGGGGAACGAACUCAGUCACUCCGACUGCCCCAAAACCUGACAACACCACUGUAACAUGGCGACCGUGAACAAAUUUGAUUGCCACCGUCCCGCGGUUUAGUUAACUAGCCGAAGAGGAUACAACCUCGAACAAAUAGUCCGAGCAGCCAAAUGUGGAUACGCCCGUGCUCAAAAGUACCGAGGAACCUCACAGAAGGUCCGGUUCAAAUCCCAUCGUUCUUUCUUUCCAAACACGUAAGCUAAGACGGACUAGUUCUUACUGCGUUUUUCCUUUCCAGUGAUACUAGUCGGCGUAAGUGAAGACACCGAGGCCAAGAUGAAUGCCGGUGCAGCAAACCAGGCCAUGGACUCCUUGUGCAAAUACUACAAGUCUAUAAACUACUGA